AUGGAGCCGGCGGCGCUGGAGCGCUUCCACAGCCCGGGCAAGGGCAGCGGCCUCCGCUCCCGCCGGAGGGUGCGGCCCGGAGAGCUGCUCUACCGCGACCUGCCCUUCGCCUACGUCCUCACCAAGGAGCAGCUGGGCAGCGUGUGCGAGCGCUGCCUGCGCAGUAGGAAUGAAAAACUGCACAGGUGCUCUCAGUGCAAGGUUGCUAAAUACUGUGGUAGAUCUUGUCAGAAAGAAGCUUGGCUGGACCACAAGCAGGAAUGCAGGUGUCUUAAGAGCAUCGAACCAAAUUUUCCUCCAGACUCUGUCAGACUUGCUGGCAGGAUUGUUUUUAAACUACUCAGACAAUCAUUAUGCCCUUCUGAGAGACUCUACUCUUUUUCCGAUCUUCAGUCAAACGCUGAACGGUUAAGUGAAGAAAUGAAAGAUGGCCUCAGGCACCUUGCACAGACUUUGCAACUGUAUUUGAAAACUGAGAUCCAGGAUGAGUCUCAAUUGCCUCCUGCAAUUGACUUUUUUCAGAUCUUCACAAAAGUAGCACCAUCUGGCACCCAGCUUGAAACUUUUGUGGAGAGCAAAAGAAGAUGCAUGGUUGUGCUGUUUUCAGUAACUGAGACUGUGGUGACCUGUAACUGUUUCACCAUCAGUAAUGGAGAGAUGCAGGAUGUUGGUGUUGGCCUGUAUCCCAGCAUGUCUUUACUGAACCACAGCUGUGACCCAAACUGCGUGAUCGUUUUUGAAGGAUACCAGCUUUUACUUCACUCUGUCCGAGAGAUCCAGAUUGGUGAAGAGCUCACCAUCAGCUACGUUGAAUCACUGAUGCCAACCAGGGAACGCCAAAAGCAACUGGUGCGCCAGUACUGCUUUGAAUGUGAUUGUCUUCUCUGCCAGAAGCAAGAGAAGGAUGCUGAGAAAUUGGCCGGUGAAGAGCAUGCCUGGAAGGAAGUCAAAGGUGCUGUAAAUGAAGUGAGAUAUCCAAAAUCAAAAGAAGAGUGGAAGCAUGUUCUGGCAAGAUGCCAGAACCUCUUGAGCAGCCACCAGGGUCAUCUACCAGAUACAAAUAUCUAUCAGCUGAAAAUGCUUGACUGUGCCAUGGAUGCCUGUAUUAACCUUGAAUUCUGGGAAGAAGCAUUGUAUUAUGGCUGCAGGACUCUGGAACCAUACAGAUUAUAUUAUCCUGGUUUCCAUCCACUGAGGGCUGUCCAGCUGAUGAGAGUGGGCAAACUGCAGUACAGUCAAGGCAUGUUUCCUCAGGCACUGGAAACCUUGAAGCAGGCCUAUAAUAUUAUGAAGGUGACCCAUGGGACAGAUCACAGCCUGAUGAAAGUCUUGAUGGAGAUAAAGGAAGAGUGUGAGGCCAUGAUGAGAUUGCAGUAA